GUACCUCGCUUUCUCCCUGCUGAUCUUUGGUCUGAUAUUGGAGAAACAGUGGUAUGGGAGUGUGACAGUCAUUACUUAGUGCCGAUAGCAAGGGGGCACUAAUGUGAAGUUUAGCUGCUAUAUCUUUAUGCAUAUAGCAGUGGCCACUGAUCUUAGGUUUUAUGAUUGCAUCAAUUUGCGAAUAAUAGGGCCAAUAAUCUGAGGUUCACUUUGGGUUUUAAUGGUCAUAUCCUAAUGCAAAUACUGUUGGCCACAAAGAGAUUUUAGUCUGAUUGUCUUUACUGAUGUGUGCGCUAGCUAUCAGUUAUGCUGCCUGGCCCCAGAAGCAGAGUUCUCUCACUCCCAACAAGCAGUUAUUGCCUUUGAAUGUGUAAGGAAAAAACAAGCUCGGAGCAAACAUGGCCUAUCGGAUGUCCAAAGAGGAGCUGGAUGAACAGUUUGAACAGUUUUUGAAAGAGUCUCUUUCAGAUGAUUCAUUUGAAGGUUCCAAAAGGUCUUCUGUGCUUGAAAAUCUUGGAAAACCCAGAAGUAAAAAAAACAACAAAAAGGACUCUUCCCCUUGGUGGACUGCUGAAGAUGAUUCUGAUGAUAGAGAAUUGCUUUCUACAUCUCGAAGCUUUAUAAAAUCAAAGAGAACAUCCCACCCAAUUAAAGAAGAGGAGGAGGAAAUCGAAUAUAUUGAAGAAAUUCAGUCAAAUCAUGACCGUGUGUCUGCGUCAAUUGAUAGAGACAGCCUAGAUGUUGAUGAAUCUGUUGUUGCAUCUGGACCAAAUCAAACUGUUCUUGGAGUUGGACUGGACACUUUAGAAGAACAAGAAGAAAAAGAGCGUUUUUUUGCUAGAUUUGAAAAUGGAGCCUCAUCUACAAUUGAUUAUUCUAAAUUAAACAAAGAACUGGAUUCUACUGAUUCAUCCAAGCUUACAGCUUUAAUAUGCCAUAACGAAGAACCAAAAUCUGUACAAGAUGAUAAAAAGGGAGAACAAAUAGAUUGUUCAGGAAGCUAUAGUGAAGACUUUGAAGAUGACAGGGAUUCUGGCCAUUAUAAGAACAAAGAGGAAACAAAUUUUGGCUUAAAAAAAGAAGAAGAUAAACCUGGAAUGUUGGCCAAAGUAAUGUUACUAGAUUCAUUGGAUUCACCAAUGGACACUCAAAAGAAUUAUCAGCAAGCAACAAGAACUCACAUGUCACAUGGGACCGGAGAGGUAAUGGACACAGUUGUUUCCAAUGCAUACAGUAAUAGUGAUGUUGAAGCAUUGCAAAUAGCAUACAACCGUAUACAGUCAAUGGAAGAUACUGACGAACACAGAAGUGAUAAGGCAAUAGAACAUACAAACACAAUCCUUGAAGAUAUCCCAAACUCAAAUGAAAAAAGCCUCAAAAAAUUAUCCACUGCUGAGUCAGAUAUACCCACAAUGGAUGAAUUGAUGCAGCCUAUUAGAGGGAAAACACCCAGCGAGCUUGACUAUGAUGUAAAUUCUUUAUGCCGCUUGAAGACAGAUUACAAUACACACCAGUACACAGCUAAUAUGGUUCAAGAUAAAGAUAAGUUACACAAUAUUCUACAAUGGAAUGCUGAAAAAAUGCUAGAGAAAAGUUUGAGUUCAGACAGUGAAAUCCAAUUUAUAAACAGCAGAGAUCCACUGACUCUCAAAAACUCAGUUGGAGAAGAAAGAUUGGGUCAUCAGGCUUAUACCAUUCAUCAAGAUGAAAGAAAUAGCCAUGACUUGUUGAAUCUUGAUCAUAAUGUAAAUACUUUUGCCAAUGUGCCUGGCCUCAAACUGAAUAAGGACAAGAGUCCUACAUCACUUCCAAAAAGACCUCAGAAUCUGUAUGCACAUGUUCGAAGCUCUGGAUAUGGGAAAAGCAGCACACGAUUAAAAGCACCUGCACUUGCUUUGAAAUUCAAUUCAGGAGAAUUACCUGUUGAAAGAAAAGAUACAUCACCUAAUAGAAAACAUAAAGGUGCAUUAUCUUCCACCAGGAUCCUAAGGUUUGCAGGCACUGAAACUAUUCCAAAGCAAAGCAGAAAUGAUUAUACUGUACAACACAAAGAGAAGAGUGUUCUACAAAUGGAUUUCGAUAAAACAGAAACUGUGCUUCAGCAUGAUAUGACUGAUUCUUUUAGAAGUGCAUCCGGAUUCCAUGUAGAUAGCAAUGCUCCUCAGUCCUUAAACAUGAGUGAUGCUGAACUCAAUAUGUUUUUGAAACUGCAGAACAUAGAGCAAAAAUUAAACUCAGAUCAAACACAUUCUAACAUUCUUAGAGAAGAGUUCUUAAAAAAAGAGGAAGAAUUUCUGGAGAAAAUAGAAGACUUAAAAACAAAAUAUGAGGUAGAACUUCAGCAGCAUAAACAGGAAAAUUAUAUCCUUCUAACAAAGUUACACGCUAUGGAAGAUAAAAGCAUAAAUAAGGUAAAUCUUGGUGACCCAAAGGAUCCUGUGACAGAUGAGAAGAUACAACAAAUACGCAAAGAAAUAGAGGAGCAGGAAAAACUCCUCCACGGUUAUCAGCAGGAGAAUGAAAGACUGUAUCAACAAGUCAAAGAGCUUCAAAUCAGAAAUAAGCAAAAUGAAGAAUUAAUGUUCCAAGAAAAUCAGUCAUUAAAAGCUAACCUUCUUUCUCUAAGAGAGCAGCUGAGUAAAGUCACAAUAAGCCACCAGCGUCCACAAGAUAAUUCUGAAAAAUGUAAUAGUCAGAGCUUUACAGACUUAUUGGUUGAACUGCGUACUGUCCAGAAGCGAGAAGCCAAUUUGCUUGAUGAGAUUUCCAGGCAGAAGCAAGACAAACAGGCUCUGGAAGUAGAUUUGAUGCAGAUGAGGAAGGAAAGAGACAAUGUAAAAACUCUGCUCUCUCACACCUCCGGUGAUAAAUCUUAUGAAAUGAAAAUGAUGGAAGAAACUUAUAAACAGGAAAUAAAUGUCUUAAACAAGAAACUUAAGUGGUUUGCAGAGAACCAGGAACUUUUGGAUAAAGAUGCCAAUCGACUCAGAGAUGCCUAUGAACAAAUAGAGAUUCUAAAGAUGCAGGUUGAAAAACUUAAAAAUGAAACUGGAAAUCAGUCUGUACAGCAACAAAAGCGUGCAAAAGAAAGAGCUGCUGAUGCAAAGCGCAUUCAAGAUCUUGAGCGACAGGUUAAGGAAAUGGAGGGAAUUAUUAAGCGAAGACACCCUAAUUCAAUCCCUGCUCUGAUUUUUGCUGCUGCAGCUGCUCCUGAAUGUGAUGAUAAGGAUUCAGCCAAAAAAAAUACCAUUGCAUUUUUAGAAAGAAGAGUUAAAAAGUUAGAAACUGAUCUUGAAAGUAAAGAUGAUGAAUCAAAGAAAAGUCUGCGCACCAUGGAACAGCAAUUCCAAAAAGUCAAGAUUCAGUAUGAAAGUAGAAUAAAAGAACUUGAAGAAUUGCUUACUCACAAACUUAUGAAUCCCCCUCAAAAACCAUUUGACAAUUCAACAAAAGCCCAAAAGUUUGAGGAUGAGCUGCUGAUAUGCAAAGAGACUCGCCAAACAACAAUACAAAACCUUCAAAGGCAAAUAGAUUUGCACAGGAAAAAAAAUUUAGUUUUAGAAAAAAAUGAAAGGAAGAAAGAAGCCAAUUUGUCUGACAUUGGUACUAAAGUAGAAGAGCAUUCUAAUAAAGAUCUACUUGCAAAGAUCAGCCAAGAACUGAUUGCCAAACGUAUAGAGAUUCAAGACCUCACAAAAACUGUUGAAAGACUUCAGAAGGAAAGAAUGAUCAUGCUUUCUGUAAAGAACCCUUUAAUCAAAGCUGCUGAUAAGAAGAGUUCUCAAGCGAGAACUGAUAUCUCUGCCCUUGGUAAAAGAAGUAUUAGAGACAAUAUGAAUUUUCCUGGAACUUUAGAUGAGAAACAGUAUCAUCCAGGGACAUUUGCUGAUAUUCAUAUCUCUGAUGCACAAGCAGAAAAUACAGCAUUAAAAUGUGAAGUGGAAAGACUGUCUUUAAAGAUAAAUGAACAGAAGGAGACAUUUCAAACCUUGUUAUCUCAAGCAGAAAACACUAUAAAGAGAUUAAAAGAAGAAGGUUCUGAGCAAGCUUCUGCCCUGAAACUCUUACAUCAGAAAGAGGUAGAAAAACUUAUUUGUCAGCAUGCCAUUGACCAUUCAUCAUCUAAAGUUGCUGAAUUAAGCAGUAAAACAUCUACACAGGAGAUACUCAUAAAGCAUCUUCAAACACAAGUGAAGGAGCUGCAGAAGGAUAGAGAAUCACUUUCUAUUUACCGAAUACGAGAGGAAACUCUUCAAAAAGAGGUGGCAAAACUCUUGGAGGAGUUAAAAGAAGCAAAAGAGCGUUACAGUCCAGAAAUGAAAGACUUUUUAGCACUGGAAAAUAAGAUAAAAUAUAUGGAAAAAAGACAUUUACAGAGGGAACAGGAGCUUCAACAGAUAAUACAGCAGACUCAUCAUGUGGCAGCAGAUGAACAAAUUCAAGAGACAGACAAGUGGAAAAAACUUGCACAACAGAAGAAUACAGAACUAGAAAAAUUCCGAACGGAGCUGGAUGCAAUAUUGGAUGUUCUGAGAAUGCUCCAAAAACAAGGUGUUGUUAUUCCUGCAGUGACCUCUCAAAGAACGGUUACAUAAGCCUGCUGGAGAGUACCACCUGCUUUAACUUACCCCCAUAAGUUAUAAGACACUCUGUACUAUAUAUAUUGCAUAUAUUAUAUAUAUUGCACUAGUAUAUAUAGUCUGUAAAUAUUUAUUAUAUAUAUAAAUUAUACAAAGAAACACAAUAUUUUUAACAAUUUAUUUAAACAAAUGUGUUUGCAUAAAAUUUUUUCAAAAAGUCUGUCGCUUUAUUUACCAUAUUUCUAUUAAUAAACAACUACCAUUUUAUCCA